CACAGUUAGCACACAGUUAGUCCCUGUUAGCGUCUCCUCUUGGAAAAUAAGCAGCAGUUUCAGACAAAGAAGCUGUUUUUUCUGGGCCAAAACUCUUUAGCUGAAUUCCUUUUUAAAAAAAUUUUUGCUGCAGGUAGCAAACAGUUAGCUUCUGUUAGCUUAGCUCCAGAAACCAAAACAGACCAAACAGUUGGAUCUGCAGUACUGUCACCUGUUUAUCUUCAGGGUCAUUUGGGUCGCUGCUAAUUAACACAGUGUGGGUUUUUUGUAUUUCCAGACAUUAAUUAACAGCUGAAUAGGAGGCAGAUAAAGGACGGAGCUGAGGGAGGGAGGCAGCAGAGAGAGAGAUGGAUGGAGAGGGAGGAGGAUGAAACACGCUCAGAGACAGAGAGAAGCAGCCGGUGUUUAAAACUCAACAGUUCCUCAGCAGCAGAGAAACACCGUCUCCUCCUCCUCCUCCUCCUCCUCCUGCUCCUCCUGCUCCGGUCCUCCUCUCCAUGCCGGCGGAGGUCUCCGCGGGGCUGCCAUGGCGAAGAUGCGGGUGUCGUACGAGUACUCCGAGGCCGAGGACAAGAGCAUCAGGCUGGGCUUGUUCCUGAUCGCCUGCGGGAUCCUCAGCCUCUUCAUCCUGGGCUUCUGCUGGCUCAGCCCGACCCUGCAGAGCCUCCAGAGCAAGCCGGCCAACUGCACGGUGGUGUCGGUGCUGCGUCCAGAGGAGAUGUUCGAGUGCGUGUUCACCUGCGGUACCGACUGUAAGGGCACGUCUCUGUAUCCCUGCCUGCAGAUCUUCGUCAACAACUCGGAGUCCAACUCUGUGGCGCUGCUGCACUUUGACGAGCAGCAGCUGGUCCUCAACCCAAAGUGUUCGUUUGUUCCUCCCUGUGAGAGAGACAACCAGAAGAACAAAGACCGAGUGCUGCGCUGGGAAGAUUAUUUCACCAAAGAGGUCAGCAGUCAGUCCUUCACCUGCUUCUUCAACCAGCAGAGGAGGCCGGACGACGUGUUGUGGCAUCACUCCCACGACACCAAAGUGCUGCUGCACUGCGUCCUGUGGCCGAUGGUGUCGCUGCUCCUGGGAACGCUCAUCGUGCUGCUGACGGUUUGCGCUCGCUCCCUGGCGGUUCGAGCCGAGGCGCUCCAGAAGAGGAAGUGCUCCUACGAGGUGUGCCACGACCUUUCCACCGCCUCAGAUCGCCGCUGCAACAAGGCCGAAGACCCUCUCUCGACGAACUCUGACCCCGAGCUGUCGUCGCCGACACGGACCCUGCCGCUGUUCGCGGUGCCGGUGCGACGCCGCGAUCGAGAACAUUAAAGCAGGAAGCUGUUUUCUCACAAUCAGGAAGCUAACGAGCUGUCUGAGGACGGCGCCGGCAGACCUCAGCUGUCUGGUGAUUGGACGAUCAGGAAACCAGGAUGAGGGGAAAUCUGAGCUGUUUCCUCUGAUUAAACCCAACAAACUGGAUCAGCGGCGACUCUGGACGCUGCGUUUCGUCUUUGAGUCGUUACGGAGAGUUUCUCUGGUGACAUCAGUGCUGUGAGACGAUACGAUGAGUUUUGUGUCAUGAAGAGUGAACUCAUGAAACUCAGCUGCUUCUUUCUGUAGCUCCUCUUUAAUGUAGUUCUCCUGCGAGUCCCAGUAGCCAGAACUGUUGAUAAUAGAGCCAAAGUCCUUCAUCGUCUCUGCAGAUCAGCUGCGGUGACUCAACUCCAGACAGACACCGAAGAAUCAGACACGCUUCUUUAUCCCACAAAGUUCAAUUUCUCACUUGUUAACAUCCAAAACUGCGCAUACGUUUUUUCUUAUCCUCCAAAACUCUCGUCUUGUCUCGUCUUUGCAUCUCUGUAGUGAAAGUAAACACGACUCAGUGCUCGUUGUUGCUUCUCAGGUCUGCCUGCAAAAAUAACGUGAAAACUGCUGCAAGGAAAAUUUGAGAGAAGAGGCAAAAAAAAUAACAGUACAAACAGUUUUAAAGUCGAUUUCCUUUGAGGUAAAUUUAAAUAAUUGAACUGACUUUAUCAUUUAUUCAUGUUUCCACUGUGGACUCAUCAGACGGCCCAUCAGCGGCUCCUGCUGCUCCUCCUGGUUAAUGAUGUGAGAGCUCUUUGAACCACCGAGCUGUUUGCAGAGAGGUGAACAAACCGCCGGUCAGCCUGAGAACACCCGGACCGGACCGGACCGGACCGGAACCGCAGUGACGUCAUCAGGAACACCAGCUGCAGCAAAGAGCAGCUUACUGCAGGCGGAGCUGAGAAGUAACCAAGAACAUCACUGCAUCAUUCAGACGCAGCUCUUAAAGGACAAAUCCACUCAUCAUCUCCUGGGUCGUGGAACAGAACAGUUCUGGAGCGUCACAGUAAGACGGAGCUGCAGCGUUCUGAAGCAGCUGAGACUUGAUUUAAACAUCAGAUGUUUCCAUCAGCUCGUCUGCUGUGAUCACAGUCUGCAGCAGAGAACACAUCACUAACUGAUCUCAGACCAGUAGCCUUCUGAUUCAUAACAUCUUUUAAAUCAGCCUCUGGGCUUCUGCAGACUUGGAUCACAGCAGACGAGCUGCGUGGAGCCGUUUCAUGCUUCUUUGUUUUUUAAGUUUUAAGAUAAAAUCGGUCUUAAUGCGUCCAGCGUCUUCCCGCCGUAAUGCAAACCAACAAGCAACGACUCGAAACAACGACAGUCGACUGGAUCAGUGAACAUCAGACGGGCGUGUUGUCGCUGCGGGGACGAGGACGUAGAAACAACACAUGGCUGCUGCCCAGAGGCCUUUCACACGUCGCCUCAGGCUGAAAUGAGGACACAAAUCUAGACCAUGUGACUAAACUAGGAUGCUUUUUGACCCCAUUUACACUGAGUCACUCCGCGUGUCUUGGCUCGGACGAUGAUCUGAUCUCAGAGGAGCGAAGUUUAAAUGCAUCCAAGAAGCUUUCAAGAGAUGGAAAUCCAAUUUAACUGCAUCCGUCUUCUCCUCCAUCAGCGUAACAAUUAGCAGCGUGCUCGUCUGAUGGUCUGAUGCGUCCGCAGUCGGUCUCCUCGCUGAAAUGAGCCACUUCGGAUCAAUCUGAUCCCUGAUCAGUUUAACCACCACAUGAUCCGGGUGGGUGAGUGCAGCAGGCAGUCUGAGAAUCCCAUCCCACUUUUCAGCAAAAUUACCUAAAUGCAUCUCUGUGAUUAGUUUCCUUCCUGUCCGGCUCUGUGGAGCUGCAGCAGCAGACAGAUUUGUAAUUGUGCCUUUUUCCCUCUCGUCAUUCUUAUAUCGAUAAUAUUCUCUAAACUAAAGACUAUAAAUACUCAACUCUACACUAUACUGUAGCCGAUAUACUCUAUAGAGCAGCAGCACCUUCCUGAUCAGAGUGACACGGACACACUGCUUCCUGUAUUCUUGUAUUUCUAUGAUCACUCAGUAAUCGAUUGAAUACAGUAUUGUAGCCUGUAUACUGUGUAGAGCAGCGUCACCGUCACCAUCUGACAAACAUACAGCAGCUUUUAAUCAGAGGAGAGCGAGAGGAUCGUACAGACACUCACAGAUCCCAGACCAGAUAAAACUGGAUCGUAACAUUUCACAGGAGUCACGACUGCAGAAGGCUUCAGUUAAACUUUGACCUCGCUUGUAGUUCAUGAAUAUUAUCCAUUCUUGUGUUUGGGAGGAUGUGAGCUGAUGCUGAACUGUUCCUGUGACAGCUGAAGUGUAGAAGGAACUCAGACCUGAUCCACAGAUUCUAAUCAGACGUGAUCGGACUGUAAAGAUCUGAUGACAGGAGUGUGACUGGAUACGACACACCUGAGGUGACGAGUGUAAACGGGGCUUUAGUAAAAACCAGGUGGUUUGUGGCUGUUUCACCUCUGAGGUGACGGAGGAAACUCAGGAAUUAAACUCGUCGUCAGCAGUUGGUGCCGAAUCGAAACGCGACUUUUCAAAGAGUGAAUUUGAGACGAGAAUCACUGUUUCCACCACGCAUCGGUCCAAAAUAGAUCCGCUAUCAUCAACACGAGAGAAUUUAUGAUCUUCAUCAGUUGUCUCCAAAAUUCCUUCGGCCUUCAUCCAACAGUCUAAAAAUUACCUACAGGUUGCUUAGCAACAGCCACGAGGCGAAGCCAAUGAGAACAGCCGAUCUGACGGACUGUUGUUGUAAAUGCUUGUUCUCCUGUUCAGGUUCAGCUGGCGGCUCGUCUGCGUGUUCACAUACGUCGGUAACAUGUCGCUGAUGCUCGUCUGAGUCCGACGUGUUGAGCAGGAGAACCAGAAGUUCAGUCACUGAAAACAAACUACGAAUGUAAAUCUUUAUUUAUUUGUUCCUCCUGACAGGCAACACGUGCAGAAACAUGGUUUUCUCGUCGCGUUGUUCUCAAACAGCGUCGCUGCUUCACUCACUGAGCUCAACUCACAGAAACCUUCAACUUUCCAGCCUCCUGAAGUUUCUGCUCAUUAAAAAAUACAAAGUUUGUAGAAAAUCCUUUUUUGCUGAUCUUCUCUGAACUCUCCUCUGACCUUGUUUGAGCCGAGGUUGAACAGCUCAGUCAGCUGGUGAAGUUUUUGCAUCCACAGUCAAAUUUUACAGCAUGAUGUGACGUUCAAGGGCAUCAGGAAAGCGCAGGACGCGGGAACGAUGAGUUGAAUCCAUCAGUGCAGAGAGACGGGAGCAGGAAGUGAUGAUGUAGCUCCACGAUGUAGCUUUGUUGUUUUCUUCCAGACAAAAAUACUCACUUUUCUUCCAAUAUUACCUUUUCUUUCUUUCUUUCUUUUUUCUUAUUUCUUUCUUCUUUUUGUUUUGUGUUAUUCUUACUUUAUGUCCUCCCUCCACAAUAAUUUCUUCCCCCAUAUUUCUUUAUUUCGUUCUUGUUUCCAUCACAAGUCGUUCAUCUUUCUUCUAUUUUUACUUCCUCUUUAUAUAUUUUUCUUUUCUUUUUCCCGUAUUUACUUCUACCCCAUAACAUUUAAUUCCCUAUAUUUCUGUCGUCUUUCUUUCUUUCUUUCUUUCUUUCUUUCUUUCUUUCUUUCUUUCUUUCUUUCUUUCUUUCUUUCUUUCUGUUUUGUUGUGAUUAGAUUUAAGAACCUGUUUUUAUUGAAGCUUCCUUUUCUGAAACAGCAACUUUGGUGAAUCAGUGACACAAAAAGAAAAACAAGAAAUAAAACAAAGACAAACUUUUAUGAAUCACUUUUGUUUCUGUUCACUGAUAUUUUCAUGUAAACGAGGUUUCGGUGUGUAAACGGAGUAAAAUCCAUCCUGUCGUCUUCUUUCUGAAUCAUCUGUAUCCUCCAAAGAAAAUGUAGCUGCAGCGUAGCAUCUGUGUGUUUCUCUGCUGGAGGUGAAUCAUGUUUUCUCUCUCGACGCCGAGUCGUGAACUGCAGUAGCAACUUAACGCUGUGUUUCGCUUCUUCACUACAGGAACUGAAAGUGUUUGAUUCUCUUCUUUACUGAGAGUUUGAUUGACUUUCUGAUUCAUCUCACAGUGAAUCCAUAUUGUGAAGUUCAGUAUGUGACGGCUCCCGUGGGGGGAAAUGUUUCUGUUCUUUAAAUGUACGAUCAUUCUUCCUGUUGUUGUUCUGACGAGCAGGACGCUCCUGUUGUAUGAUUUGGUGUCACGGCUCUGAACUGUGUCGUCCUCCAUCCUCUCUGGACCUCAGCUGUGUUCUGUGUGACCCAGGUAGCCGCUUCGCCCGUGUUUUAAAGAUAACGAUGAUAACUAUAGUGCCUGAUAGAGAUCUUUAAAUAAAAACACACUUUGUUCUUCAA